AUGGCGGUGGUGGUGACGGAGGAUGAUUGGAUGAUUCAUCACCACUUUAAAAAGUGGUUCGUCAAGAAAGAUUUGAAAUCAUCGGCUCUGCUUCCACCGGAAGAAAAAUCCUCCGGGAGCAGAACCUCAUACUUAAACUAA